CAAAAGGAGACAUGGUGGAGUUCCGGCGCACAUUCUAUUCUCACUGGGGCGUCUAUAUAGGUGACGGACGUGUGAUUCACAAGUCAAUGAACGAAAGAGAAAGCAGAUGGGACAGUUUUCGUUUCCUGAGCUCUUUCUCCUGCUGUGGUGUGAUACUGAAGAAGACAUCUGUCCAUAUAGCUCCAAUUUAUCGCAUUGAUCGCAAUGGUUCCGCUCGAUGUAAUAAUUAUUUAGACAGCACAAAACAACCAUUGCCAACUGAUACGAUCAUGCGAAAUGCAUUUUCAAAACAAAAUGAGGAAAGCUACAAUCUCUUUUAUGACAACUGCGAGCACUUCGCCACCUGGUGUCGCUAUGGAGAGGCCCUCAGUCAGCAAGUCAGGGACUGUCUUGUUUUUCUUGUUCCCAUUGUUGCUAUUAUAUUGCUUUAUACAUAUUAUGUGAAAUAUUAAAGUUUAUUUUGGCUGUUUCUGAUUCCUUAACCUGUCCUUUUUCAGUUUGUAAAAUAAAUGUUUUGAAAGUCUU